GUCAUUUUGCUGCAAAAUGGCGGAUUUUCAAAAUAGUUGAUAUUUGCCAACUUCAUCGUGUCAAUGAAUUACGCUUGAUGGUUACAGAGAAAAAUAAAAAUGGAUUCCCAGGACUCCCUAUACCUUGGGGAAGAUUUCAGCAUGGUUGCUGCCCAGGGAAUGCGUCAGUCCAUUGACAACCAGACACUAGGAGCUCCCCCAGCUCCUGUUGCAGCUUCCACUGUAGCCAGAGAUCAACAAAGGUUUAAAGAACUAUCAAUUGUAGAUCCACGUGGAUCUUUCUUAACAUCCUCUGAGACGUCCCUUGUAAACACACCCAGGGAUGAAUACCCAGGGAUGAAACUCUCCUUCAGUGGUUUUGACCAGCCAGGGGGAAACCAGAGCCAAGGCUUGACCAAGCAAUCGGUCAAUCUCAUUGAAUUUUCCAAAACCAAACAUGAAACUGACAGAAACGAAGACUCUGACGAAUAUCAUGGCAAUUUGAGUGCAAGGUCCUCCUUAGGAAUUCUGCCUGUAGAAGCUCUGAACGAUCUGUCGGCAAGUCUUCUCCCUGUGACCUUGACCCAAGCCAACAUGGAGAAACAGUCCUCCACACUUCCAGGAUCUUUCAAAGACUCUGUAGACUCUGCUGAUUGGUCGAAACAAUACUCAAAAGACCCACCAAUAGGCAUGAGCCAUGUGGUUGACACUGUCAAAAAGAGGCCAACAGAUCGUGAAGAACCAGCUACUGCAAGACGAGGAGGAACUAACAUGUGCUUGUUUAACGGGGGAGGCUUAACUGAGGUUGCUGAAACAUCAGAAAUGGAACAGAGCAUCCUGGAUGUCAAGUUCGAAGAAGAUGAAUUGAAGAUGUUAGAUGAAGACUUCAGCGACAUUGAAGUGUCAGAUUUGUCAGAUGAAGACAAUGAAAGCAAGAAACCCUCUUUAUUUGGUCAGACAGACUUGAGUGAUUUUUUAGAGAUGGAGAGAAAGGUGAACGAAGGAAGUCCCUCCUUGGAAGAGGAUGAUGAACAUGGUCAAGGUGAAGGUCAGGAGUCUGAGGAAGAUGAGAUACUUGUGUCUUCAAGGAAAAGUGUCAAUGACAUGUCUGUUGGCCUUGACAUGAAGUAUUUCCGCCCAAGUCCCGUGCCCCCAUUGCAUAACACUGGAGAUGGUGCAGAUAGCUACAGACAUCAGAGCAGCUACAGACCAGAUAACACUGGGAUCACAUCAGGCCCUCAAAGUAAUGCAGUAGACUUCAGUGGACCAAGUUCCCUAUCCCAGCUGAGGAGGCAGUACCGCAGUGGAGACGGGAGUGAGAUCGAUACUGAGGAUGAACUGGAGGCAGCCAGACAGAGUCUAGCCCUGGAUGAGGAAGACCCACGUGCUAGGCAGGUGCCCCGUCCUGGCCUGGAGGGGCAGCAGGAUGAGAGGAGCCAGUUCUCCAUGAUGUUGAGACAGUCUGCCGAAGGGGACGUGGUUUCCUCCCCAGUCCCGGGGGAUGGAGGAGGGGGUGGGGAUGGUAGUAGCGGCUCAGAAAGUGAUGGACAAGUUGGAUCCCAGCAGAACCACUCCCUGCUUCAUAGGUUUGCACAUGGUCAGGUCUACAGGCAGCAGUUUGACCAGGGAGAUGCAUUUCCAGAGGAGGCAAGAGUGCGACCGAUGGGAGAUGACCUGCUUUCCAGAGACGAGUUUGCUUCCACUAAUGGUGACAACAACUCUGUAGCUGGCAUUGACAGAUUCUCGACAAUGGAGGAUGGCCAGAACUACCUGGCCUCUACACUGAGGAAUGACAUGGAAGACUCCAGGCUGCAGUCCCGCUUCCUAGCCCCUGUGGGUCAGUCAAUGCGGUUCAGCGACACCAUCUCCCAGCAGGUGCCUCUCAAUGCCAGCUCCUUCAACAUCGAGGACAUGUUCCAGCCGGGUCAACCCAACACUUCCCAGGACAGCGGCAUCAACACGGCCACCAACCAGGACCAGGGGCCACGGCUGGAUGCUUCAGGAUUCAAUGCUGAUGAUUUCCCAGAGGUUAAGGAUCCCUUUGCUGCCUUCAACUCAUCCAUGGGAUCUUUUGGCUUAAAUUCCUCUGUACAACUUCAUCAACCAGGGCAUGACAGCCCUCCUGAUUGGUCAGACAAAAAAACACACCAGCCAAUCGGAGGCAACCAGUCUGUAUCAAGCUCAGGCCUUGGUCAGAGCUUUGAAACAGGAAUGGAUCGUCAGUCGAUGAACAGUGCCAGAGCUCCCUCUGGAGUCAUGACUCCCUACCCCAUGAUGUCAGAGUCAAAGAGGCUCCUGGUGAGUGGAGAUGGAAAGUUGCAAGGGACAUGGGUGGCGGAUCUAGCCUUCCAUAAGUCUCUGAUGAAGGAGGCUUGUGAACAGAAGCAGCUUCUCAAAACUGAGGAUGCCAAGUUGGCCGAAACUAAAGCUGCUGUACCAGAAAGUGAAGAUUUCUUUGACAUAGAUCAUGGAAUUGCUAUGCUGGAUGCUGAUGAAGAGGAAUUUGAAAAGGAGAAUAUCUUCAUGCAGGAUGAUAACAUGUCCCAAGCACAAUACCGAGAUGUCAUUGCUAAUUCCACAUCUCGCUGGGACAACUUCAACAACGAUGCCUGCCUGCGGAUCUCCAUCGGGCAGUACUGGGCCACACGGACUGAGGUGCUGGGGACUCUGGAGGGGGAUCCAAGGCACCCCCGGCCUGAGUUUGGGAUGUUGGUGAAGACCCCACCUGGUAACCGCCGACCUGUAGCCCUGAUCGAUACCUCUCCUACUCCUAGUCAGCCCUCGGACAUGAGAACAGCUGGUGUCGGGAAUGAGGAUGAAGGAGAUCAGACAUUGCUGAGUGAGAAAGACAGUACGUUCACUAUAGAUGAGAUGACCACCACACCAAAACCCUCAUCUUCUAGCAUGUCACCUGUACGUCAGCAACCAAAACAGCUGAUACCAACAGAGGGUAAUCAAAAGUCUGGUUGUGAUCGUCUGUCGGGGUCUAGCGGUCAGUCGUCAAGGGACAGCGACCACAGCAUCACAGACAACAGUGCUUUAUUGACAGUCAGUGCCAUUGACAGCUUCAUCAACAAGGUGAAUUCUCAGUCUAACCCUGGUGAUCUAGUCAGCACAAUUAUGCAGAUGUCCAACAAGAACAGACUAAAAACAAGGACCAGACCUGUACAGGUGUUGGAGAAGAGGGUUGAGGACGAGAAGGCCGAGAAGAGGGCUGUGGAACAGGAAAUAUUUGUGGAGCAGAAGCAGGAAUUUUCAUUUCCAACAAAUAAAGCUGAAUCCAAAUCAUUUGAGAAGUCUAGUCCCCCAAGAAAGCCAUUGAGGGGUUCCCGCCUCCCAAUACGCAAAGGUUCUUUGGCAUCUAUGUAUGAGAAGGCAUGGAAAGAUCGACAAAGCACAGAAAAAGAUGACAAGCCAACCACUGAAAAAGUUGUUCGGAGGAGAUCGGACACGGUGAGAAGGCCCAAGUCUGAGAGUGCAGAUCAAAAAGCAGGGGAAUUCCCAAGGGACAAGAGUGUCUUGCAGGUUAAAAAGGCUGACUCGGCAGGAAUGAGAAAGUGCAAAUCUAGCUCUGUGUUAGAGAAACCAGUGCAAGUGAACACUGAUUUGACCAUCAAGAGUGCUAAAGAAUUACAAAAGAUGAUGUCGGCAGGUGUUCGAACAAAUAACCAAUCUAUGGGCAAGCAGGAGCCAAUUAAAACAGUGCCUCUAAAGCAGGCGAAUGAGAAGCUUGAUAAGGCAAAGAAAGUAACACCUGAGAAAAAGUUGAAUAAUUCCACAAAUGAGAUAGUUGAGAAUAAUGACAGUUUUCAGAAUGAGUGGGCGUCACCUCGUCCAAGUUUGGGAGGGGACUUUUUGGAAGAACAUUUGAAAUUCCAGAAAAAGGGAAAUGCGCAACAAAAUUUGCUGACUUCUUUCAAUGGUGAGUCAAAAAAAGGUGAAAAGGAAAAUAUGUCUGAUCUGUCAAAAAUAAGACAAAAUGAAAACUGUGACAAUUUAGACGAUGAUGUUGACAUCGCUGGGUUAAGAAGUGCUAUCAUGAAUGAGAGGAGGAAGGACAGAGAGAGUGGUAAUCAGAGCAUGGCCAGAGGAAAAGGAGGCCCUGGCCAGCAGAGGUCAAAGCAAAUGAUCAACGCAUGCCCAAUGACCCCACCAGUCCUUCAAAAAACUGAAUCUCAUUUUAGGAAAGAAAAUAUUCCGUGUUACGAUAAUCGACACGCGAAUGCAUUUCCGGCUCAAAUUCAUCAAGAUCAUGUUAGUGUUAAUGCUGGACAAAAUGACAUGGAUGGUAACUUGUCUCAGACAUCUGGCAACUGUGUUUCUAGUUGUGUUAAGGAUGGGUAUCGUGGUGAACAAAAAGCUGCUUCUUUCACCCCUAAUGUGCCUUACAGUUGUAAGACAGACUCAGGGUUCAAUGGGCCCACUGCGCAUCACAUACCAGAUGGUACAGACUAUAGUACUGUUUCCAACUAUCUCAGUAUCGACAAGCAACUCUCAAGGGAUGAGAUGGUAGGGACAUCAGAUAUUCAGCUGGUUGAAUCUCGCGGGUUUAAUGUGAUCAGAGACCAGGAAGUGACCCGGAAUGUACCAAAGACUGGCAGCAGCUUGUACUCAAAUAAUGAUCUUUCAAAAUAUUCAGAUGGUGUUGGUGCUAAGAUGACAUGUGACAGAAGUUACAUGUCUAAUCAGUUGGUCUCAAAAGUUUCUUCAUUUCAUGCCGAUACGUUAGAUAAAGGUCUUUCAAACCAUCCUCAUCAACAAAUGACAGUAGGUCAUAUGCAAAGACUUCAAGGGAACAAUAAUGAUGGGCCACACUCUGGUUUCAAACCAUCCAUGCCCCCACCAGAGAAGGUGCCAAGUAAGAAGCCUACGCUUCUCACUGGGCAGUCUUUGAUGAAGACAGAGUUUGCUCAGAAGCAUCUAGGCAAGGAGAACCGGGUGGAGAAUCCGCAUCUGGAUGACAUCAGCUUUAUGACAGACGACACAGCUGCUCGUAGUUUUCUGGAGCUGGAACCUCAGAACUUGUCGACCAUGAGUCAAGUGUAUGGAUCUGAGGUGCCAAGCUUCUUCAACCAGAUGCCGGUGUAUCAUAGCACACCCUUCCACGACAACAUGCCGGUUUAUCUGGAGACCAACACCACCGUGACUCCAGCCAACAGGAACGCCAUCUCAUCUACGGAUGGUUCUUUACAAUGCACUAUGAUGACCCCUCGCAUGUCCAGAACAUGCAUAGAGACGCCAAGCAUAGUGACAUUCCCUGAUCCCUGUUGUGUGGGCAUCUCUGUGGAGACGACCUUGCCCCUGAAGAACCCUACCCCUCGUUGGCUCCAGUGUGUCAUCUUUGUGAAGGAGCUUAGCUUGAAUGGCCGAGGAGUUGACCCUGAGACUCACUGUCCUUUCAAGAUGAAAAACAAGCUCACAAUUGAACCUGACUCGACAGAAAACAUUCCAGUGAUGUUCCUGCCCAAGUCCCCCGGAGCAUAUGUAGCUCAGGUAGAAGUUUUCUCACAGCCGUUCUUGCGAGACGGUAACAUGAUCCCUGAUGGUCUCCCGGCAACCGUCACACUGCAGGCCAUCUCAGAGCGACCGAUGAUCCAGGUUGUUACCGAGGAGGACAGCGCCAUCCACUUUGGCGUGAUGACGUGGGGGAAGAGUAAGGCCUCAUCACUGACUCUGCGUAAUGUCGGCAAGUCCAUGGUGCCCCUAAGACUGGCCAUCACUGCAAGCAAGUCAUGGCACUGCUUCAUGUUUGACAAGUCACAAAUGGGGAAUGUCUCCCUCAUCUCAAAGAGCAACCGACCCCCAUCCCCAGCUCUAGGGAAAGGCGUUGUGAACAUCUCACUCAAGGGCUAUAGUGAGAAUGGCUCUUCUAUGUCAUCUGAGGACAUCAAGAUAUACUGCAGACCACCGGAAAAGCAAUCUCACUCAGUGCUGGCCCAGUACCCUCCAGAUGAGAUAGAGGCCCGUAUUGAUAUCGAGGUGGACACGCCCAUCCCAAGCUUGCCCCCUGUGGCCUCCAUCAGACUGCAGGCAACCAUCGGGGUGCUCCGACUGCAUACACCCAGGAACAUGGAGACGAUCCACCUGAAGUGUCAGGCUGGGAAGAGUGCCCAGGAGACCAUCAAGCUGAAGAACUCAGGGAACAUCAAGAUGGAGGUGCAGCUAUCAGUGCCACAGUUCUCCGACGUGUUCCGCAUCACCCCCGAGAAACUGCUCAUUGGCCCAGGCAGCUACUCCUCCGUCACUGUCUCCUUCCACCCCAGACUGGACAAGGACGUGAAGAAAUAUGACACAAUCUUCGUGAUGUACCUGCUUCAGGACGGUACAAUGUACGAGUUGGUGCUGAAAGGGGAGGUCCAGCCCACACCUCAUGGCCCCUUCCUGCUCAGUGACAAGUCCUACCUGGCAUUCGGAGGUGUGGCCAUCGGCAGGGCAAAGCAACAGAAGGUCACCAUCCUCAACAAUGCCCCCCAGUCACUGAAGCUCAGCGUCGACAUCCGAUCCGACACCAACUGCUUCCAGCUGCAGAGUUCACUGAGUCGAACGGAUGAGAAGAUCCGGCGCCGUGACAUCAUCAUCCAGCCGCAGGAGAAAUUCCCCAUCUACAUGCUGUAUGCGCCGGACUCUGUAUCUCCCAACAGCGGAAAACUCGUCAUCAAGCCAUAUGAUCUGGGGACUAAAUUUUCUAUUCCUCUCUCUGGCUACGGAGGACUGAGCUCCAUCGCCCUAGAGGGCGUUGGUCAGUCUGGGACAGACAAGUACUUUGUUACUAUUGGCCGCAUCUCUAUUGGCAACAACUGUCUCAGCAGAGUGGUGGUCACUAACUCCGGACAACGUUCAGCAUUUGUCCGAGCAACACCUUACGAAGAUCUGCACUGCUCCAAGAACCUGGCCCCUGGGAGGGUGGCAAUUGACCCUAACGAGUUUGUCCUCACUCCAGGCCAACAGAAGACAGUCGUGAUCUGUGCCCAGCACAAGGAAAUAGUGGCAGCCAUUGCCUUCUACCACGGCGAUGAGGUCAGCAGACAAAAGUACAGAAGGGGCAUUCGACGUGAACGCUUGUCCAAGCCUCUGAAGUCUGUGGAGAACCUCGGGAUGAAGGACAUCAACUUUGAUGUGAGAUACACUGAUGAGGAGAGUGCUGUGGUACUCAGUGAAGCUAAAGGUAUGGCUGACAGUGCCAGUGACCUGCAGCUGUUCUACAGCGCCAUCUCCAAGACAACACUAGCCCUGAUAGGGGAGCCCAGCAUGUAUGACUCCCUGCCCAUGCAGACCCCUCCCCAGCACCGCACCUACUCCAGCCUGGACAUGUACCCCACCUCCCACCCGGGGCUGCAGCCAGUCACAGGGGACAUGGCCAGCACGGACAAAUCCCCACACAUUGAACCCAGCAGGGACUACGGCUCCAAGUAUGGUGUGAGUAAGAUUUACCACAGUCAGACCCAGCCUGUGUCCACCGAGAAGGAUGAGGACUGGGAGCUGCAGCCCGAUCAGCUGAUACUCACCCUGCCUCCACGUGGAGAGGAAAUUCCAUCUCGUUCCUUCCAGAUUCUCAACUUUGCCAGAAGGAAGAUGAACUUCGACCUGUGCUGGCCAGGCCACUGUGUGCAUGUCUCUCCCAAACAGGGAACAGUCAACUCCAGGAGUACCUCCGAGCUGCGUGUGAGUCCACUCUCGUCUCUGCAUGACAGGCUGGACCUGCUGCCCUGGGGUGGAACCAUUCAGGUCAACUGUGAUAACCAAUACAAGUUACUGAAGCUGCAGAUCCGUGCGGAUGUGAGCCUAGACCGCUGUAGUGAUGUGUCACUGUCCAGCACGUCCCUCGUCCCUCUCACCAACCAGUCAGCCACGCAUUCAAUCAUCAUCCCCGACAUGUCCCUUGACCUCAGCAACGACGUGAAGUUGGCCAACACCCAGAUCAAGUUCCUCAACACCAGGAUAGGGGAGCACUGCGAGAGUUUGUUGGAGUUCACCAACACUGCCAAUGAUCCCAUCUCCUGGAAUGUUUCCUCGUUUGCCCCGGCCUACGUCAAGGGAGUUGACCACAGCAGUGACGUGUACCGUGUCACCUAUGCUGUCUUCCAGUUCACGGAGAAGUCUGGGCAGCUCAAGCCCAGGGAAACUGCCAAGGUGCCAGUGGUGUUCUUCCCACAGUCUAGCGGCACAUUCACACAGUACUGGGACGUUAAAUGCAAGAUCAAGUCAUCUGUCGCUGCAAGUUCUCUCACUUUCAAGGUGCAUCUCACAGGAGAGGGUGUCGAGGUGGACAAAGAUGUGCGUCCAGAGAAGCCGACCAGUACUGCCCGACACAGUAGUGCCUCAGACAAGGGCAAGAGGUCCAGUAGAGACAGUGUGAAGCGGAACAGUGACAGACCAAUCCAGUUGAUACAGUCUGUUGUUCAUGCGGAAUGUGAUGCUGAGCAGAGAGUCACGGUCAAAGUACAGUUCCAGAACACCUCCGAGAAGGCCCAUCAGAUUGAGGUUAUUCCUUCACAGCCUCCAUUCUAUGUCAAGCACAAGACCUUCACUAUUGGUGCUAGAAAGAUGCUGAAGUAUCCUGUUGAGUUUAAACCAACUCUCCGCGGCUCCUUUGACGGUGUGCUUGUAUUCCGCAUCGAUCUGGGUUACAGCGUCAGCGCGCAGCUCAAGGGACACAGCAACUGAGACAAUGAAGAACGGCCAAAACAGACCAUGCUUGAUUUUAAGCAUUUAUUAUGUGUAUUACAUCAUCUGACUGUACCCACUGCCGUUAUGAAAUACUCACCGAUUCUCAACAUUCGGUGUAUGAGAGUGCUCAAAAUAUUGUGAUUUACAGAUAAAACAAGAGUGGUGUGAGAAUUAUCUUCUUAAAAUGAGACUUUGUCAACUGUAAAGCCUUUGUGCAAGAAUCGUGUUGGUGCUGUAUUUUAUGUUGCACCAGAACGGUUUGUACCCGGCUUUAAGUUGGUAUUGUCAAAAAGUGUUCACGUUUUGAACAAAGUUAUGAUUCUUUAUAUAUUUUGUACCUUUUCCUUUACAUGGUGCAUUAUGCAUGCUUAGAUGGUGCAUUAUGCAUGCUCACAUGGUGCAUAAAUGCUCACAUGGUGCAUAACGAAUGGUAACCAAAGAUACUGCCAACGAAAUAUUGUUAAAUAAUUGUGUACUUCCAUUGAAAGUGUUGCGAUCCAAAGAAACUGUUGAAUGUUGGACUGCCCCGAUGAAUGGAUAGAAAAUAUCAUUAAUGGAUAAUUCUGUAUAAAGAUGUAUUGUUUGAUGUUUAGUUGGGUGUCAUUUAGUCUUUUAUUUUAAUAAGACAUUUGGAUAAUUGUAUAGUGUGGCAUUGGCAUGCUGACUUAUUUACCCACAGGUCUCUGGUAUGAGUGUGUGGUUAAGUGUAGACAGGAACGAUUCUACAGAUCUUUCAAGUGAAGACUGGUUCGCUUAAGGAUUUAAACUUCAUCAGAACAAACAAGCUGAAAUGACUUCUUGGAGAGGCAUAUAGAAGUUAGAGAACUAAAGGACAAGGUGUAUGGAUGAAGGAUUUCUUUAUUACAAAUAGAAGCAACAUAUCAGGGUAGUGUUCAGUAAGUUGAAAUGAAUAUACACCCUGCCUUCAUUGAAACUAGAGCUGAGAGAUGUGGCUUAAAGAAGUAAAUCAUUGAUAAAUACCAUAGGGAAUUAUCCGUGCAUUUCGCUGAUGUAAGAACUGGACUGGUCACUACAUAAACUUAGUGAAAAAUGAAGGGUGGACUCGAUAGGUAUUUCUUUCUUCAUUAGUUCGUUAGUCUGUUCAUUUAUUCAUUGUUUUACCACUCAUUUACUGCUGUGUACAUGUACUUAAUUUGGUGUUGAUUAUUUGUUUCUCAUUGUGCUAUGUAUGACGUGCAAGGUCAGGUCGGUGUUCUUGCAGUGCUGAGUGUCAAUAGAGAAGUGCAGGGAUGGCAAUUUUCCACUGAUCUGCGGAUUUCCGCUGAUUUUAUUUCAAAUUGUUUAAUUGUGAAUCGUCUAAAUCCAUUGAGAAACCCUCACUUUGAUGACACAAUAUUACGUUUUCAGCUGAAAAUAGAUUUUCCUGUUGUCAUCCCUGUAUGUGAAGGAAGUCCGUCAAUACAUUUCCUUCAUCUUGGUUAUCUACAGUAUGCUGCUAGAAAACAAUCUUCAAUUUUCCUCCAAACUUAGGAUUCAAAUCAAUAUACAUGCAUGAAAGUUUGUUUGGAUUGUGUCAUGAAUCAUGUUGCGAUGUUAUCAUGUUUUGUGUGAUUUAUGAGUAUCGAUUUUUGUCUCCAGUGGCUGAUAUUGUCAGUGACAUAUCGAGUAUUCACUGCCAAACACAAGGUAACACCGGCAUGCGUAACCAAUACAUGCUCCACAUUCGGUGCAUAUUUCAGUCUACUUGCUUGUCAUGCCAUGGAUAGCUUAAACUCACACACUCACUCACUCUUUUUUCAUAAUGUAAAUUCUUAAACAUGCUACAUCAUGACUAAAAUACCAAUGACGCUACCUGAUAUCUUGUUAUCAUCAGCAUUACUAACAUACUACCAUUGCUACCUGAUACUGUAUGUGCCUUACUUCCUAGAAGAUGAUGUAAAGUCUGACUAUAUCACAUUGCGUUGUACACGCUUAUUUCAAACACUGUCUCAUUUCCCUGACAUUUAAAGUGUGCGGUAGUUCUGUUCUUGCUGAUCUGAUGUUUAUUGUAAGCCGCGAUACUGAACACAUUCCAUGUAUACAUGUAUGUAGAAAUGAUGGUGUGGACUAAUAUGACAUGCUGAAGAAUCUCAAUUAUGUGUGCUUUAACAAAUGUGUACCCCUGUUGCUGAGAAAUACGUUCACAUCCUUGUGAAGAGAGCAGGUGUGGUCUUGUAGAAGAACAAGGGCUUUGUAUGUGCUUGAAUGGUGGAUAUCCACAUUACGUUACAGUCAUGCAUCAUCAAAAUAAUUUCAAUUUUGCAUGUUGAUUUCUAAAACUAUAAGUGCAUACCUGUAGUAUUUACUGUAAGGCGAGACCAAUUUUAUUUCUUGUUUUACGGAUUUUUGUCCUCAGAAAAACUAAAAACAGGAGGGAA